AUGGAGUCAAGUCCGGGUGAUCUGUUGGUCGUUGCAGAUUUUAAUACUCAACAAGGUGGGAAAGCUGGAACAUGGGAUAGAGAGGAGCAUGCAAAUGAGGAUAUGCCGACAUCGGGAAAAUCUCCACUUUCAUUGGACGAAGUUGUGUUGAAUAUCGCCAUUUCACCCGCCGGCAAAAUCAUUUUGUCAGAUUAUUUCGACCCGUACGAAUACGUCCCUAUGGGUGCUGGUGGUCAAGAUCUAGGAUCCGGUGGUGUUGCUCUAUUGGUCCCUACAGUGUUUAUCGGCACUGGUUUUCAUGCAUCGCAGUUGUCAUUGGAAAAUUGGGAAAGCAUAGGGCCUGGAGGUAUUUCUGUAGUCAUCCUCAUGGAUACAGCGGUUGACAGUCUUACAGGAUCUGACAAUAUACUCCAACCAAUCAUUGCUCAGCGUUCGAUAUUUGCCGGCCCAGGUUCAUGUCCUCUCGAAGGAGGUUGGAUACCGACUACUACUCUACUACAUAUAAAAGCCAAGCCUGUAAAUGGAAUCUUGACUCCAAUUCCAAUUCCGCCAACUGGAGGUCUCAAUCAGUUUCAAUGUCCAAAUUUUGAAGAUGUACGCUUGUAUGUAUUGGAUAUUAAUGGCAGUGUCAUAUGUUCAGAAUCUCCGGUUGCUUUACCUCUUCAGUAUACUCAGCCAGUCGACUUUGAUUAA